CCACACUUCGGAGACCAAAGCCAACGACGGUAGAGCUGUAUUAGCCUCCCCUUCCCAGCGACACAACCGGCGGUGACAGAGCUGUGUGAGCCUCGAUCUCCCGGAGAAAGGCCGGCGUCGAUGGAGCUGUAGGAGCCCCCACCACCCGGAUUCUAAUCUAGUCUGACGAACUGACUUCCUCCACGAGGCUCUCUCUCCACGACCGCGUCUUUACUCCAUAGCCGAGCCACACCGAAGCGUGAAGACUGAAACAGAGCUCAAACAAGGCGGAAGGUGAGAGGAGACGAAGGAGAAGCAAACAUGAACAUUUAACGGAAGAAGAAGAGCUCCGGCGCCGGCACGCACGAUCACGCGCCGGCCGUACGCCGAAGCCAAACAGAUCUACUUUCUCUCUCUCUUUUUCUCUCAAGUUUCUCUCUCGAUAUAAGUAAGUCUUCUCUUCUCUAUUGAUUAUUUCAAAUAAAAAAAAAAAAAAAAAAAUUAUUGUACCAAAAAUUUAAAAUAUAAUUUAAAAAAUUUAAGAAUGCAAUCGCUUCUGCUUGGUACUUUCUCAUUUUUUUCAGCUUCCAUCUCUCCCCGUUCGAUCCUCUAUUUAUGAGUCUCGAUUCUCUAAAAUCUCGUAUCAAUUUAUUUUUCUUUGAGAAUAAAUUUAUUACACGAGCUCCAUUCAUUAAGCGCACUAAUCUCCGAGCUCUGGCUGCUGCUUACCCAUCUUGAUAUUUCGCAAUGGUGGUCUGCAAAUGCAGAAAGGCUACGACGCUAUAUUGCUUUGUUCACAAGGUCCCUGUUUGUGGCGAAUGCAUUUGCUUCCCUGAGCAUCAAACUUGUGUGGUCAGGACUUAUUCAGAAUGGGUGAUAGAUGGAGAGUAUGACCAGCCUAAGUGUUGUCAAUGCCAAGCAGCCUUUGAUGAGAGCGGAGGUCAUCAACUCACUCGCUUGGGUUGCUUGCAUGCUAUACAUACAAGUUGCUUGGUUUCGCUUAUCAAGAGCCUUCCUCCUCAUACUGCACCUCCUGGUUAUGUCUGCCCAACAUGUAGCACUCCUAUAUGGCCUCCCAAGAUGGUAAAAGAUGCAGGAUCUCGGCUUCAUGCACAGUUAAGGGAAGCGAUUAUGCAGACUGGUCUCGAAAAGAAUCUAUUUGGGAAGCAUCCAGUUUCUCGGUCCACAGAAUCUCGUAGCCCACCUCCUGCAUUUGCUUCAGAUGCAUUAAUCAAUGUAUCUUCAUCUUCUCAUACACAACAAGGGAGGAAUCUUCUAGCUGAAAAUGGAGAAUAUUCUAAAUCUGCGGUUUCAGAGAUAGUUGAGAUAGAUGUUCCUUCUUCUGCUGGGAAUUACAUGAAAACCUCAAGCCCUGGACAUGUUGCUGCUGCACGGAAAGGUGUACUCGCUGUGGACAGACAGAACUCUGAGACUCUUUAUUAUGCAGACGAUGAAGACGGGAAUAAGAAAAAGUACUCAAGACGAGGUCCACUUCGUCACAAGUUUCUGCGGGCUUUACUACCAUUCUGGUCGAGUGCGCUACCUACACUACCCGUGACUGCACCGCCUCGUCAGGAUCCAACAAAGGCAGAAGAUGGUUCAGAAGGACGUGUAAGACAUCGAUCAUCAAGGAUGGAUAUAAGGAAAAUACUCCUUUUCAUAGCAAUCAUUGCGUGUAUGGCAACAAUGGGGAUUUUAUACUACAGACUUGCACAACGGGUAAUUGGUCAAGAAAACCCUGACGAGGAGCAGUAAUGAGGUAAUAUCGUAUCGGACGGGGACGACUAGAAAAUGUUUUGUUAGAAGUUGAUUUGGAGAGUUGUGGGAUGAGGUUCUUUGUGACAGUCUUGUCCUUUGUUUUUUUUGUUUCGCGGGUCGAAGUAUAUUUGAUUGUCACCUUUUUGUUUCUGUGUCGAUUGGCAUGUUUUAGUAUGUAGCUGUUUUGGUAUAGAAGAAGUUACAUGACGCGCUGAGCAUUUUCUUUUGCCUUCUAUGUUCAAACAUUUUGUGGCCUCUAGAGUAGUCUUUUAUAGAAUCGUCAUUGUUAUGGUCUCUUGAUACGAGUUAUAAAAAUGUUAAUUCGGAGUU